AUGGCAUCCACCAAGCCUCUCCGUUCCCUCAUCAGCUCCCGAGCCACAAUGUUCUUGUUUGUGGUGGCUGCGGCGGCGCUGGCGGUGCCAACCCAAGUGGCGGAGGCGCAGGCUGGCUGCACGUCCCAGCUGGGCAGCCUCAACGUGUGUGCGCCGUUCGUGUUGCCAGGAGCCUCCAGCCCUAGCGCCGAGUGCUGCACCGCCCUCCAGGGCAUCGACCAUGAAUGUCUCUGCAACACUCUCCGCAUAUCCGCCCGCCUCCCCUCGAGCUGCAACCUCCCUCCUCUCGCUUGCGGUACACUUCUAAAUACGACCGACUCUCCCUUUUAA